AUGCCUCACCACGCGGCAGCCAUCGGUGAGCCGCAUCCCGAUCCGGAGCGCACGCCUCUCUUGCCCUCACAACACCGAUAUCCCAAUGGAAGUGCAGAUGGGGCCGCCAAAAAGCGCCCAUUGCUCCAUCGCUGGGGACGCCAUCUGACGGUGCACAUCUCGCGGGACUGGGCCGAUUGCGUCCUGAUUCUAUGCUAUUUCAUCACGGGUUUGCUCGACAGCGCGUCCAUCUCGGUGUGGGGGUCGUUUGUGUCGAUGCAGACGGGCAACUCCGUCUACAUCGGCCUUGGCCUCGCCUCCCCGACAACCAGCACCCGCUGGAUCAAAUCCGGCGUGUCCGUCCUCUCCUUCUGUCUCGGCUCCUUCCUCUUCAGCCGUUUCCACCGGCGUUUCUCCCCACACCGCCGCUGGGUCCUGGCAACCUCCUUCGGCAUCCAAACCGCUCUCACUGCCGUCGCCGCAGCGCUAGUCACCAUCGCGGGCCCACCGGGCAGCCCCGAGGAGAUCGGCUGGUUCGUGCUGGCGCCCAUUGGGUUGGUAGCGUUCCAGGCGUGUGGGCAGGCGGUGGUGAGCCGGGCGUUGCGGUAUAAUGCGUUGACGAGUGUGGUGUUGACCAGUGUGUAUUGUGAUUUGUUUUCGGAUGCCGGGUUGGUGGCGUUGAGGAAUGUGGAGAGGAAUCAGAGGGGCGCGGCGGUGGUGUCGUUGUUGUUGGGGGCGUUUGUGGGGGGGAGGUUUGCGGGGAGUGGGUGGGGGGUUGCGGGCGCGUUGUGGACGGCGACGGUGUUGAAGGUGGUGGUUGUGGUGGUGUGGUUGGUGUGGCCUGCGGAGGAGACGGUGGAGGAGACGGACUAG